AGUAGAUUCAUUUAUGUAAAUUGAUUCAUAAGUCAUAGCAUGUCUUGAAAAUUGAUUCAAAUUUGUGUAACACUAAUUCUUCAUUGAAAUAUUGUCCUCGUUGGAUUACUUGACUUGUAUAAAGUGCAGUUGAUAUUGUUGAUUCAGAAGCAGACGACAUUUUCUCCGAGAAGACGCGAAACAGGCAAUUAUUAUUGAUCGCUUUACAGGAAUCCAUAAUUAAUGUGAUCUAGAGUCAUUUCUAAACAUACUGUAGAUCAUGGCGGAUAGUGAUAGUACCAAGAAAGACCCACCAACGUCACCAAAAAAUCAACCAGGAAUUCAAUUUGGAAAUCCAGGAGGAUCUUCGACGUCAGUUUUGGAAUCACCGGAUACUGAAAAUGCAGUGGAAUAUCAGAUUGUUGCUGCCAUAGAUUUUGGUACAACAUUUAGUGGAUACGCGUAUUCAUUUGCUUCAAACAAAGAAACUAUACAUGUGAAUAAGAACUGGGGACAAACUCAAGGAUUUCUCUUGCACAAAACACCCACUUGUUUGUUGCUUAAACCUGACGGCCAAUUUGAUUCGUUUGGAUUUGAAGCUGUAUCCAGAUACAAUGAAUUGCCCGAGGAGGAAGCUUGUGAUUAUUAUUAUUACGACCGUUUCAAAAUGAAACUCUAUGAUAAUAAGGAUUUAAACACAGAAAUCACAAUAUCAGAUGCUAAUGGAAAAUCUCAACUAGCUGUUGAUGUUUUUGCCAAUUCCCUUAACUUCAUUAAGAAGCAUUUAUUGAGGGCCGUGGGCGCUCAUCUUGGUUGUGAUCCACACCCCGAUACAGUUCGUUGGGUUUUAACAGUUCCUGCUAUCUGGGAUGAGAAUGCUAAGCAGUUUAUGAGAGAAGCUGCCCAUAAGGGUGGUUUAAUCGACAAACAGAACAGUGAUCAGUUGGUGAUAGCUUUAGAGCCCGAGGCAGCAUCUCUGCAUUGUCGAAAUUUACCGUCAACUAAUUUCCUGGGUUAUAAAGACAAUAACUUAGCCAAGCCAACGUUUGAGCCCGGUACCAAAUACCUGGUCGUUGAUGCAGGAGGUGGUACUAUUGAUGUCGUCGCUCACAAAAUUAGGAAAGAUGAACGCAUUAAAGAAUUGUUCCGAGCAACUGGUGGUGCAUGGGGCGGUACAGUUAUAGACCGACAGUUCUUACUGCUUCUCAUCAAAAUAUUUGGACAGGAUUUCAUCAAUAUAUUCCAAAAAGAGUAUCCCAAAGAUUAUGUGGAACUCAUGCAGGAUUUUGAAAUUAAGAAAAGGGGAGAUAGUGACAGUGUCCGUGUAUCUUUGCCUUAUAACUUUUGUAAUUAUAAACACGAUGGUGUCAGUGUUCAACAAGCCAUUAAAAAGUACGCUACGGACAAUGAAAACGGAGUGAAAUUUUCAUCUGGAAAGUUGGUUCUGACCAGUAAAGUGGUGGACUCGCUGUUUUCAGACGCUUUAGAACAAAUCAAUGAUCACGUUGAACAUUUGUUAGAAAAACCUAAAAUGAAAGAUUUGAAGAAUCUCUUCCUUGUAGGUGGUUUUGCUGAAUGUAUCCGUCUUCAAAAUUCUUUAAAAUCAAAAUUUGGAAACAGACUGACGGUGUUAAUUCCAGAUGAAGCCAGUCUGUCGGUUGUUAAAGGAGCUGUAGCUUUUGGCCACGACCCGAGUUCUAUCUGCCAGAGAAUUUGUCGAUACACUUAUGGAGUUGGUUCUUAUCUUCCAUAUGAAGAGGGGGAACAUAGAGAGGAUCUAAAGGUUGUCUCGGAUGGCGUAAGUCUCUGUAAGAACAUCUUACAGCCUUGGGCAGAAGCUGGUGAAACUAUUGGCUACAAUGAAAUUUGGCGCGAAACGUACACACCAAUCAUCACCAACCAAAAAGGAAUCAUUUUCGAGUUUUAUCGAUCCCAGAAGAGAAAGGUUCGAUACACUGAUGAAAAUGGGGUGGAGAAAUGUGGUUGUUUGGUUGUGAACAUGCCCGAUAUGACGGGCGACAAAGAGCGGGCUGUAGAUCUAGAAGUAACAUUUGGUGGAACAGAAAUUAAAGUUGUUGGUUUUGACCAUACUAGCGUCACCAGACAAGAAACUUACAUUGACUUCCUUGCAUCAUAA